CAAACUGAAUGCCUCCAGGGAUAGGGCAACCACAGCAUCUCCACAUCAAGGCCCCAUCCUGCACUCCAGCUGGUACUGGUGCCCCCAUCCCAUCCUGUGCCCACACCGAGUCCUGCUGUUCCUCCCCAAAGCUGACUCCUCUCCCUGGCUUUUCCAAUUGGGGUUUCAGGUUAGAAAUCCCCACUGACACCCCUGGGAGUGCACUGGGUCCCCUUGGCAGCACAGUGUGUCAGUGCCACCUCUGAGCAGCUUUUGGGGAUUUUCUCCCAUGGCUGUGGCAGCUCUUGGUGUGCUUGAGGCUGAGGGUGCUGCAGGGGGUUGGAAGGGAACUGGAGCAGAGGACCCCCAUAUGGUGUUUUCCCUUCUCAUCUGCAGUGCACGUGGCUCCUCCGCAGCACUGGCCCUUCUAAGUGUGCCAAGCUGCCACCUGGGAACCCCCGACAGUGACAUCCCUGCAGGCUUUGCUGCUGUCAUGUGGAGAGGCAGUGUGUGAGAUAGGGGCUGUGCCAGCUGCCAGCACAGCUGCGGAGUGACAUGAGCUGGGUAGCAGAUGGGGAUGCUGUGGCACUUUAAGUGACCACGUCUGAGUGCCAGGGGGUUGCAGGAAGAGGACAGGAGGUGGCACGGUGCUCAGCCCUCCCCUCCGUGUGGCUGCGUGGGCUUCCUUUGUGCUGCCAACGUAAAGACCUUGAGAGGAGGUUCUGUGGGGAGUGCCUGCAGCCCUGCCUCCAGGUGCCAUCCCCGCUCUGCCCGCUCUGCCGCAUGCCCUUCGACCCCAAGAAGGUAGAGAAGGCUUCCAGUGUGGAGAAGCAGCUCUCAUCCUACAAGGCUCCCUGCAGAGGCUGCAGCAAGAAGGUGACCCUAGCAAAAAUGCGGUCUCACGUCUCGUCUUGUGCAAAGGUGCAGGAGCAGAUGGCCAACUGCCCCAAGUUUGUCCCAGUUGUCCCCACAUCCCAGCCUAUCCCCAGCAAUAUUCCCAAUCGCUCAACGUUUGUGUGCCCAUAUUGUGGGGCCCGGAAUCUGGACCAGCAGGAACUGGUGAAGCACUGCAUGGAGAAUCACCGCAAUGACCCCAACAAAGUGGUGUGCCCUGUCUGCUCAGCCAUGCCCUGGGGGGACCCCAGCUACAAGAGUGCAAACUUCCUGCAGCACCUCCUGCACCGGCACAAGUUCUCCUACGACACCUUUGUGGACUAUAACAUCGACGAGGAGGCAGCGCUGCAGGCUGCUCUGGCUCUGUCACUCUCUGAGAACUGAGGGCUGCCGUGGAGCUUUGCUUCGGAUCCCACCUCACACCCCUUUUUGCACACUCGACCUUCCUGCUGGGGAAGGCAUGGAACUCGUUGCCCCCUGAGAAUCACGGCCUCUCUUCCCUCACCUCUCUGGGCAGAUCCCACCACCACGAAGAAGGGGCAGAUGCCUCAGCAUCACUCUGGACUGGUGAGUGAGCAGAGCCGUCCGCUGCUGGGAGGAGAGAGGACAGGGGACCGUUCCUCAGUUAGGCAUUUCAUAUCCGUACACGGAGUGUAUACCUGUAUCCAGAUCUAUUUAUUAUUAGAUGCUUUUUGGCACCAUUGGUCUUCA